GCCUCCCGAUGCCCUGUCUCCCCCGCCUCCCCACGAGAGCGACGCGAGGGGAAACAGCUAAAAUCCGCAGCUGUUGCAAUCAUGGCGGCCUCCUCCUUCCUCCAUCGUUUUCCAGUUCGGUACGCGUAGGUGCGCCCGCCCUGCCCACCACCCCCUCUCGCCAGUCUUUCGCUCCGCCGUGUAUGUGCCCCCUGCCAAGUCUACGCAGUCCGCCAAAAGCGCAGCCCGCGCGCGCGUCUAAAGCCGACGAAAUUCUUCUACCACCAAAGCUGCCACUCUCUCCGUCUUUCUUUCUUCUCUGCCGCGACUGCGCGCGCGAGAGAGCUUUGCUCGCUUGAUAUAUUGCCAUCUCCAAGGCUAGAGAUAUGCACGAGGCUGUGCUGAUAUUCUGAGGUCGAUCGUCAUGGAGAGAACCCUCCGUGCAGGUGCAGCAUCGGCCGCCUCGCCGCUCCCGGCAUCCAAGAACGGCCCCACCGCGAGCGGCGGCGGCGGCAUCCCGUGGCUGCUCAGGAAGCGCGGCGCCAGCAAGGCGCCACGCCAAGGGCCGCUCGCCGCGCAGGAAGAACGUCCGGACAACGUCGACGAUGAGGUGGAGCUGGAGGAGGGCGCCGGCUUCGCCGUCUCCACUCCAUCCGCCGCGGGAGGAAUGACCCCGGAGCCGGCGAGGAAGCGCCGGGAGGCGGCGCUGGCAAGGCUCCGGUCGGCGGUGCUAGCCGUGGUGGCGCGCGCGCGCCGCCGGCGCGGGCGCAGGCCCAUGGGGUCGAGCGUCACCGGCACGAUCUUCGGCCGGCGCCGCGGCCGCGUGCACCUCGCCCUGCAGACGGACCCGCGCGCGCCGCCCGCGCUCAUGGUGGAGCUGGGCGCCUACUCCACCGGCGCGCUCGUCCGGGAGAUGUCCUCCGGCCUCGUCCGCAUCGCCCUCGAGUGCGAGAAGAAGACGCCUCCACACAUAGGAGCCGAGCGGCGGCGGACGGCGCUGGUGGAGGAGCCGACGUGGCGGGCGUACUGCAACGGGCGCAAGUGCGGCUACGCGGCGCGGCGGGAGUGCGGCGCGGAGGAGUGGCGGGUGCUGCGGGCCGUCGAGAACGUCUCCGUCGGCGCGGGAGUCGUCCCGGACGGCGGCGCCGGCGAGGGCGACCUCAUGUACAUGAGGGCCAGGUUCGAGAGGGUGGUGGGAUCCAGGGACUCGGAGGCCUUCUACAUGAUAAACCCCGACGGCAACGGCGGGCCCGAGCUCAGCAUCUAUCUCCUCAGAGUCUAAUUACCACUGCAGGGUCCAUCGGAAAAAAAUCCUAUGAGACCGGGUCUAAUACCCCAGCAUGAUAGACCCACCCUGAUGGAUGACACCUGGCUUAUCCGAAUCUUCAUGCACGUAAAUCCCCAUUAAUUUCAAUCCCGAUUUUUCAGCCUUUGUUUCCAUCUGCUAAUCCCGAUUUUUCAAUCUAACUAGCUGGGUAAUAGACUGCCAGGUGUCAGCCAUCGGGGUGGGUCUAUCAUGCUGGGUAAUAGACCCGGUCUCAUAGGAUUUUUUUCCGGGUCCAUCAUGCUGCUCUAUGCAUGCAUCAUGCAUGGGUUGUUGGUUUUAUGUGAGUUUAGUUCUUGGUUAUGUGAAAGAACCGGUGGUUUGUUCAUGUACUUACAAUAAUGUCACACCCUUAUUUAGCCUA